AAAAUGCAUUUAAAACGCAAGAAACCUCAACGGCAAUCACAAAAGCGCCAGCAACGACACCAACGCCUUUGCGGAUAAUGCUAGCGCCUCCUCCCCCGAUGCCUUUGAUAAUGAAACCAAAACCUAAACGCUUAAUGAAUGUGAUACACGAAACAAGACGACCAGAUUCGGCACCUGUAUUUGUUCGGGAAUCUUUACUGGACGGCCAGGGACUAGAAGCGACAACUGUAGCAUAUGGCAAAGACGGUGAUAUGUACAUUAACACAACAAAAGACUCGGCGCCUUCGAAAGAAGAUCUGCCUAAAGGUGUGCCCGCCCCAGCGGUUAGCAGUGAUUACCGAAAUCCUGAGACCAAUGCCGAGAAAGCAGACUACAGAUGGGUAGUCAAUGGAAAAGCUCCUUGCAGCGCCACGUGCACUACCGGUCUUCAGUCCACAUACGCGCAAUGUCAGAGAAAGAACGGGAUGGUGGUAGAAGACGCGAACUGUGACGAAACCAAGAGACCGGAGCCCACCCACGCUGUGUGCUUCGGAAAGCCGUGUUACGCUAGGUGGGUUGAAGGCUUAUGGAGCCAGUGUUCCCGAAGCUGUGGGGACGGAGAGCAGUACCGCAAUGUUCGCUGCUGGCAGAUGAUGGCGCCAGGCUUCGACAGCAGUGUGCACGACUUUCUGUGCGAUGCUCGGAGGAAGCCGCAGUAUUUAAGACGCUGCAAGGAACGCGACUGUGGACCGCUUUGGCAGGUUUCGGAAUGGACAGAGUGCUCUACCAAGUGUGGGUACGGGAUACAGCGUCGAGAAGUACGCUGUUCAGCUCGGCAGGAAGAUGAGUGUGUGGUGGGGAAGAAGCCAGCACACGAACAGCGAUGUUACCUUGGGCCGUGUGUCAAUCAGUGGACAGUCUCUGAGUGGAGUGAGUGUUCCGGACCGUGUGGGUCAGGAUUACGUUCACGUAGUGUCACGUGCCGUGACGUCAACGGCAAUUACCUUCCCAGCACGCAGUGCGACCAAGGGAACCGUCCAAUCGCCGUCCAGGCCUGUGGGGACCAGCCAACAUGCCACCCAACCUGGGUGCCACAAGAAUGGGGACAGUGUUCAGCUGACUGCGGCGAGGGAAGGGCUAACCGAAAGAUUCUGUGUGGUGCCGUGGUUAACAAUAACUUCAUCGUCCAGCCGGACGCCUACUGCGCCAGCAAGAAGCGGCCUGUUGACGAGGCGACGUGCCAGGCUAAGCCUUGUGAGGCACAGUGGUUCACCACACAGUGGUCUAAGUGCUCUAAAACUUGCGGAGAUAACGGCGUUCGAGUGAGAACGGCCAAGUGUUACAGAAAACACAGUGAUAGCACGGCAGCUUGUGAUGAAAAGAAGAAACCAGCUACAGUCGAAGUGUGUAACAUGCCGCCUUGUGAGCCCCUUACACCAGGUGGAGGGUGUCGGGACGAUAAGACUGCCAACUGUGCCCUAGUUUUACGAGUUCAACUCUGUGAUCAUUGGUACUAUAAGAAGGCCUGCUGCGCUUCUUGCAAAGCAGACAAAAGAAAGAAUGGGUCUUAAGCCAAUUGUGGUAGAUGUGACGUACAAUCUCAUUGUGUUGGUUGAGAUUUAAAUAUUGCUGAGAGUGAUUGUGUUCAUUUUGUGUUCGCACUUGCUCGCUGCAUUCCAAUAUAUUGACCAUUCAUUAUUUUUUAAUUUUUUUACUUCAAUUUUCUUACGAGCAAUAUUUUAAGGUUCAUAGUAUAUAAGAAAAAAGAGAACGGCGAACCGUGUUAAUAACAUUCACUUGGUAUCAGUUGAAAGAAAUAUGACAAUUUAAGUGUUUUAUAUUUAUUUUAUAAUGAAUUAUAAUUAAAUGUUUCACUUAAUCUAGAUUUCCUAGUAUAAAGUAUGUUUGCGAUUUU